UGGGUGGAGAAGCGGAAAGCUGUUUCGAUCACUAACCAACACAUAAUGAAACGUCAAGUGUUUACAUUUCAGGGAUACACAUUUCUCUGAUAACAUAUUAAAACACCUAGAUCUAGACUCUAGUCUAGAUCUGUUACAAUGAGUGCUGAAAAUAUAGCCGAGAAUCACAUUAGACAAAAUCAUUCGUGGCAAAAAUUGCCCAAUAAUGUUAAACAAAAUUUUGGAAAUUCCCAUAGAGAAUAUGAAAAGGCCGUUGUAUCUUUUAGUGUCAAGAAUCAGCUCCGUUAUAAAGGGAAUUUAGUGCGUCACAUUCGAAAAGAUGAACAGCGCUACUAUGAGGAAGUGCUACAGUACAGCCGUGAGCAUUUGAUGUUGUAUCCCUACCACCUCUCUGAUAUAUUUGUUAAGGGAUUAAGGACUACCCCUUUUUCCUACUACAGCAAUAUGAUGCAGGAUAUCAUGAGCCAGGAAAAAAGUUAUGACUCCUUACCAAACUUCACAGCUGCUGAUUGUCUAAGGUUACUGGGGAUAGGACGAAACCAAUAUAUUGAUUUGAUGAAUCAGUGCCGUUCUUCCAAGAAAUUUUUCAGAAAGCGUCCAGUUAAAGAAUUGCUUCCAAGCCAGCCAAUUGAUGGUGUUCCAAUAGAACCAUGGUGGAUUGUUCAAUUUGGUUUUAUUACAGAUGAUGAUAUCACGAAGUGUAACACUUUGGAAAAGAAAGUCAUCGACACAAUUAUUGAUGUUGGAGCUCAGAUGGCUGGUGAACUGGACAAAGAGGUUGUACAUAGUUUAUAUAGAAAAGGUCUUAUCUACAUGGAAGUACCUAUUGGAGAUGAUGAUUGCAUUAGUGUUCCACCCUUAGAAGGUUUUGUCAUGAAUCGUGUCCUUGGAGAUUACUUUGAAACUUUGUUGUAUAAAAUAUUUGUCUCUAUUGAUGAGCAGACACCUGUAGCUGAGCUUGCCAGUGUUCUCCAGAUAGAUUUGGCUUUAGUCAAGAAUGCAGUUUCCAUGUACUGUAGGCUUGGGUUUGCAAAAAAGAAAUCUACAGACUACGAGCUCUCAGAGCUGCAUCCAUCAUGGAACUCCAACCAAGAGUCGCCAGUUUCUGGUCCCAACAGCAAAACAUCUAAGUCAGACCAGGAGAGAACACUCUUGAUAGAUGACCUAAGCAGUUCUGUCCAUCUUGAUAUUGGCGGAGAAAUAAGUAAAUCCAAUUCUAUCCAUGAUGACAGCAUGCUGACCAAAUUAGACCAGUUAGAUUCGAACAUUCAGACUCCUGGACUUAACAAGAGAAUAGCUUUCUUAUUUGAUUCCACCCUCACAGCUUUUCUAAUGAUGGGCAAUCUAUCACCAGGCUUAAAGAGUCAUGCAGUGACCAUGUUUGAAGUGGGUAAACUAAGUGAUGAAUCAAUGGAUAGUUUUUUGGCUGAAUUGGAGAAGAUUGUAGGAUCAGAUGCUGAAGGAGAGGCUAGACGUUACUUUGACCAUGCCUUGACGUUACGAGACACUGUUCAGUUUCUUCGCUAUAACAAAGAACUGACUGAUGAUUCUGAACUUGGUGGGCCCACUGGAGGUCAAGGGAUUGAUCUUCUGCGAUGUGAAAGUUUGCUGGGCUUAGACCCUGAAACUAGAUCAAGAGUUCUCAAUAAAAAUUAUAGUCUUCUAGUCUCUAUGGCCCCACUGAGUAAAGAAAUAAGGCCAGUGAGUAGCUCUGUACCUCAACACAUUGGACCAGCUAUACCUGAAGUUUCUUCUAUAUGGUUUAAGUUGUUUAUUUAUCAUCUGACUGGCUGUGGACCUCCCAGUUUACUUUUGAUGAAAGGUACAAGGUUACAUAGGUUACCCAAGAUGUUUAAGAAUUAUGACCGCCUACUAAUCACCACUUGGGGUCAUGACCCUGGAGUUAUAGCAGCUUCCAACAUUUUGCUGACUCUCAAUGAUGCUUUGAGUCAUUCCGCUGUUUUAGUGCAGGGUCAUGGAAUACAAGCAGAAGGCUUGACUGUAAAUAUUCCUUUCCCAUUUGAACCAGCCCCAGCUUCAUUUACUGAAGGCUACUACCAGUGUCACCAGGCAAUAAUGAAACUGAAAACAACAUUAGACCUACAACAUACCUGUGGCUAUGUUACACUCCUGAACCCUUAUAAGGAGGAGCUACAUGAAGAUGUGGACACCAACUUGUCAGCAGCUGUCAGGGAUGUGACACCUGACAUAAGCACUUCCGAUUUAUCUGAUCAGCUUACAACCAGCCAGCCUAUGAGUGAGGCGGAUGCUUCCUUGCUGCCUUGUAAUGGCUUCAGGGAUCAGUAUUCAGAGGAUGUCCUGAACACUGAGUUAGAUGAGCUUGACAACAAUGCAUUUGUGGACAGUGCUGACGCCCUGCCCAAAAGUAGACCUCAACUCCAUUUGAAUGUUGAGAAGCUGAAUGUAAACAACAACUCUGGUAAAAGCAGCAAGUCACCUGAAUCUCUACAAGAAGAGGACUGGCUUCUCCUUGACCUGUGUUUUGGUUUGCCCUUGUUUAAUACAAACCUUAAUAAAGAAGUGUGUAGCAGAAUUGCAAAACUGAAGCUUUUCAAACAAGAUAGUUUGCAAGAGCUUGUACAGUCUAGUCGGUUGUUGUCUCUGAAACUUUUGGAGUUUAUCAUGGCUUGGCAGGUUCCUACUGUAGUGGCAGAAGUGGACAACCAAGGUGUACCACAAAGUAAAGAGGAACAUUGCUCAUUGUUCCCAUCCCAGAACAUUUUAUUUGACGGCACAACUGUACAGGUUUGGCGAGGGCACUAAGGCUUGUGGAACACCUUGACCUCAAUUCAUUGAAGGACAGAUGACCACUGAUAAGAUGGAGUUUCAACUACUUUCUGUCAAUGAUAUGCAGUUAAACUAUCUGAAGAGCAAGAAGCUGAAAGUCGUAAUGGACCAUGUGACAUAUCAGUCAGUCACUAUGUAUCAUCAAUGAUUUUCAUCUAAUAAUAAUUAAAAUGGAGAAAAAAAACUGAGUUUUAGAGCAUUUAAUUUUAGGAAGGAAUGUUGAUGGAUUGGAAACAUAAACUUUACAGCCUUUGACUAUAACUACAAAUGUAUAUAUUAACUUGGUCGUUUUGAGAAAGCUGUAUUGCCAUUUUUUUUUUCAUUUGGCUGGGCCUGGGCUAGAUGUAAAAAUUCUACAAUGAUUUCAGUACAGUUUUGUGUCUCAGCUGUUAGCUAAAUGUAAGGAUCUGUGUACUGUAUUGUUGUAUCUGCUUAUGAUAAAUCUUUUCUUGACAUUGCAUUAUUCAUUGUGCAUUAUGCUUUCCCACUUGUAUUCAUUAACAUGAACAGCUUAAAAAGAUUUAAUGAACAUCAUUAUAAAUGGGGGAAAUGAAUGUAAAUUUUGCAAUUUCGAUCUUUGAAAACUAUAUGAAUGAAUAAAAAAAUUCAAUGUGUGUAUGAUUAAUUUGUUUUUAAUGGCAUGUGGCAUUAACAAAAGAAACUUCAGCUAGCUAAUUAAUAAUUUAAUUCAAUGUCAGUUAUAUCUCCUAGAUCAAAGUCUUUGAUGGACAAACUUCAGUUGUUUGUUUCAGGGAUGAAGCUCUAGCAGAAAUUUAAAAAAUAUAUUAUAAUUGUACUUUUUUUGGAAAAACUGAUUUUUAGCAGAAAUCACUUUUGUUGUUGUUGUUGAUAAUUUUGUUCUGUUGGUUUUGUUUGUUAUGCAUUUUGUACAUGUGAAAACAUUCCUUGCAAGUCACUUGAGCAGAUGUGAAUCAAAAGGUCAUUUUAUUUAUUUCUAGGGAAAUAUUAUUUUCUGUGAAUAAAAAAAAUCUAAACAUUCAUCUUGAGUAAAACAAUUUCAAUAAAAAUACAAUAUAUAUAACAGUAUUUCUUGUGUCACUUACAAAAUAAAUGAAUAAAUAGAGUGUGUAUGAUAACUUAAAUAAUUUUGAUAUAGUAGUUAUAAUAAGUUGAAUCAAGUUGUAGAUAUAGGCCUGACCAAAAUUUAGAUUUCUUAAGUAAGAUUUAUAGAGACUUGGUCACUUUUUUAUCAGGGGAGAGUAGAAACCUUAUAAUCAUUGAACUAGUCCAGCAUUAUCCAACUGAAACGGAUGACAACAUACUUGGGAGGAACUCUGUUUUGUGGGUUUAGUGUAAGAUUUAUUUAUUUAAAAAAAACCCAGUUAUCAAUCUGGUUUCACCAACUUGUGAGUUGCACUUGAAAUUUGAACUACUUCUUUCUUCCACAUGCCAGGACCAAUCUGUACAAGUGCUCCUUCUUCCCUAGUGCUAUUACAGCAUGGAUGGUGUCUGAAUUAGCCAGGAAAAUCAGUGACUUAGCAGUUUACUUUCUAAUUAACAUGCACAGUUACAUUAACACAUGGAUUUGCUUUGGAGAUGAUUAUCAUUAUCAUCUUCUUUUUUAAUGGAACAUCUGUAAUUAUAAGAUUUUUUUACUGAAUCAAUAGUGGUUUUCAUUUAUUUUGGCACUAUAAACAUUUCUUUUUCAUAUAGUUCUGACUUCAAAGUAAUGAUUUGUAUGUUAAUGGAAACAUUCUUGAACAUGUUCAUUUUCGUUCAUGUAAUUGUUGCUGAUAGUCUUGUUUUUGCUCUAUGAAACUGUUCAGUCAGGAGGAUGUCAUUCAAUACAAUAAUUCUACAGGAGUCAUAUUCAAUUUAACUUGAAGCCAAAGAUUUAAAUCUGUGAAUUGAUUUCUUCAUGCCAUUGCUUGCUAGAAAUAUUUUUCAAUGUUUUCACUUCAAUUGUUUGACUCUCUGGACAUGACCAGGUUAUCAAUUUAUUGAUGUUUUUAUGCUCAUUAACCUUUGACCUUCAGAAGGAGACAACUUCCUUUCUGAUUUGUCAGUCAUUGCUUAUUAAGAAUUCCCCAUAUUCACUAGAGAUCUAGCUUAUAAAUAUUUCAGAGCAUUUCUCAUUUGUUACAUUUGCUAUGUAAUAUUUAAUACUAUGUAACCAUGCAUAAUCUUAAUAGCUAAAGGCAUUAGCAAUAACUUGAAGAUAGUAAUUUUAUUUUUUUACUUGAAAUUUGGACGUGACAGUUUAAUUAUUUUUUUUUUCAUCUUUGCUUAAACCAUCAGUUUUAGAUAUUAAAUCAGUAGACUAGAGCUAAAUAGUGGUCUCCUUUCUACUAUGUCUGGUUUGAAUGGCAACAUAAGUUAAAAAAAUAUACUGUCAAGUGCAUUAAGUGCUAUUUUCACAUUUAUUUUUUUGUGAGUACAGAUCUCUGAAAGUUGCUUCUCUGACUUCUGCAAUGGUUAUUGGUUUUAUCAGUUGUUUGAUCUUACUUGAGUCAACCUAUAUCACUUGAGGUGAGUUAAGAUGAUUAUGCUGGUCAUUUAACAUUCCUAUACAGUUGUACACAGAACAUUGUUGAUUCACUUCACAUGAAAAAAAAAGAAAUAUAAUGGUGUGCUAAUUACUGGCAGAUGGCACAAGCUCCAGGCACAGGUUGACUUGACCAUAGUUUUGUUUACUAGUCCUUCAGAAAACUAACACACAAUGGGGAAAAACAGAAAAAAAGAUGUGCAGGAAAGAAGACUUGUAAUCAAUGUGAUAUGCUUGAUGAAGGAAAUCUAUGAGCUUUGUUUUUAAUGAUUCAUCAUUAUAUGUUAAACUCUACCACAGUCUACUUAUUGUAGAAAACACACCCAUAUUUUACUGUUUUGUUACAAACAAUUCUUUCCAAGUUUUGGUUGUCAUGGAGAUGUCUCCAUUGCUUCAAAGCCUUUGUUUAUUAUAUGAAACAUUUACAUGAGUUAUGUCUCUUGCCUUGUCCAACAUUUUAUAGAAAUUGAAACUUGUGAUACUUUUUGUUUUCAUAACUAACAUGACCUUGACAUUCUGUCAUUAUGUUGAUGCCUAGUUGUCUCAGCAUUAACUUUAAUUUGCACAAUUAUUUUUUUUAGACAUAGUGUCUAAACACAGAGAUAAUAGAAUGGAUAGAUUAAAAAUAAACAUUACAUCAAACAG